AUGACUGAAAAUAACAUUUAUUCAAAUAUACUGUUAGAGCCGUACAACUAUUUAAUUGGCACUAAUGGCAAAGAAUUUCGUUCUAAAUUCAUCCAGGCAUUCAACAUUUGGCUGCAAAUACCGGACAAACACCUCUUAAUGGUAUCAGAAGUCAUAGAACUUCUUCAUAAUUCAAGUCUAUUAAUCGAUGACAUCGAGGAUAAUUCAAACCUAAGGCGAGGUAUACCGACGGCGCACCUAAUUUUCGGGGUAGGAUCGACCAUCAAUAGUGCCAAUUAUUGCUAUUUCUUGGCCCUCCAGAAGAUCAUUCAACACAUACCGGAGACAAACAGACUAAAUGCCAUUGAAUUGUUCACUAAUAAGUUGCUGGAUCUGCACAGAGGACAGGGAAUGGAUAUACAUUGGAGGGAUUCGUUCAUAUGUCCGACUGAAGAGGAAUACAUGAAUAUGAUUAACAAGAAAACUGGAGGACUGUUCUCACUGGCCGUCCAAUUGAUGCAAAUAUUCAGUGAUAAUAAACGGGAUUUCAAUCCACUUGUGAUAGCUUUAAGUCAUUACUUCCAGAUUAAUGACGAUUACGCGAACCUAAAGUCAAAUAAGUACGCUAUGAAUAAAGGAUUUUGUGAGGAUUUAACUGAAGGAAAGUUUUCAUUCCCUAUAAUACACGCCAUUGAAAGUGAUCCCAACGACAGCACACUAUUGCAAAUCCUAAAACAGAGGACGAGUGACAACGAAGUGAAAGAAUUGGCGCUCAAGAAGAUGGAGAGUUUGGGAUCGUUUGAGUACACAUUGAAACGGUUGAAGCACUUGGAGUGCGCGAUCAGGGAUGAGGUCCGGGCGCUGGGAGACAAUAAAUACUUGUUAGGCUUGUUGGACAUGAUCAACAAAGUAUAA